GAAUCAAUCAGCAAACAAAAUUCUAAUUAAAAUAGAAUCCUUUUUCUCUUUCCUAUAAUUUGUUCAAAGUCUUCUCUUUUUGUUAGAUCAGAUGGAAAUAAAAAGCUCAAAUCAACAUCACAAAUAACAAACUCACAACACUAUUUGAUCCUCUCCCCCAUCUCCAAAAUUCUUUGAUCCCAUUUAUCUCUCUUUCUUUCACUCAGCUCAUCAAAGUUCCAAACCCAGAAUUUAGAGAGAGAGAGAGAACCAUGAGGACCAAAGUAGCUCAACUUAUUAGUCUAAAACUCACUCUCUCCUUAUUCUUCCUCUUCUUCCUCAUUCUCAUAAUCAGAUCAAACUUCUCUUUCACUAAUGUCUCUACUCCAGCCACCGUUGUCUCACAACAAACCCACCUCUCAAAUUCAACGGACGAUCAUGAUCACGACGAUCAAAAGACUACGUCUACAGCUGCAAACACUGACUGUGCUAACAAUAUUAAUAUUAAUGCUUCCCCAGUACAAACAUGUAACAAAACGCCGCCGUCUCUGGCCAACGCAUUGGUCCACUACGUAACGACGAACAUCACCCCACAACAGACCCUCAAAGAAAUCUCAGUCUCCAUGAGAAUCCUCGAGAAGAAGUCUCCAUGCAACUUCCUCGUCUUCGGACUAGGCCACGACAGCCUCAUGUGGAACGCCCUUAACUACGGCGGCCGCACGGUCUUUCUAGAGGAAGACAAGGCUUGGAUCGAGCAAAUCCAGCGUCGUAUACCGGGUUUGGAGUCGUAUCACGUUGAAUACGACACUAAGGUCCACCAGGCGGACGAGCUGAUGAAGAUCGGUAGUAAGGCCGGGGAUUGUCAGGUCGUCGGGGACCCACGAUUCUCCAAGUGUCAGCUUGCGCUGAAGAACUUCCCCAGUGACGUCUACGACACCGAGUGGGACCUAAUCAUGGUCGACGCGCCUACAGGGUAUGUCAUACACGCGCCGGGGAGGAUGACCGCCAUUUACACGGCGGGGCUUAUGGCGAGGAAUAGAGAGAGUGGAGAGACUGACGUGUUCGUCCACGACGUGGAUAGGCCCGUAGAGGAUAAAUUCUCUAAGGCUUUCCUUUGCGAAGGGUACCUGACCGAAGAAGAAGGGAGGUUGAGGCACUUCACUAUUCCCAGCCAUAGGGCCCGUCUCGGCAGACCAUUUUGCCCUUAAGAUAUAGGAUUGACAGUUGAGUUGAUAUCGGAUAAAGCGUCUUUUGCCUUGUUAAAUUUUUUCUCGCCUUCAAUUGUAAGCCAAUAAUUAUUAUUUUUACUGUAAAAUAAAACUGCUCUUUUUAUUUCAA